GUCCGGUGGUGCCCGCUACGGGAAGGAGUCGGGCGUCUGCAACCCAGUGCUUCACACGUGGAGGUGUUGACCUUUAUUCCCGACCGGGUAUUUACUUGAAUGGCGCUAUCACUUACGACCAUACAGGAGCGGUGGUAGCGGAGAAGACUCAUAAUUACGAUGAUAUCGUUGAAGCAAUCAAAGUAGUGGAAGGUGUUGAGGGAGUUGUGGUUUUGCUGUAUAACGGCGAUCGAGUUUUGGCGCCCAACACUGGCUCGAAGGAAAUUGAAAAAAUAUAUAAAUCACUACAUACCCCUUGCCCUGAGAACUGUGGUUCCUAUGAGAAUAUGCUCGCUAAGGUGCACGAGGAAGCCAUACCCAUCCAUCUUAUUCAUUUCAUGUCCCUAGAAGGUCGGAUGAAGGAGAAUGUGCUACGUAAAAUCAGAGAAUUCGCGAA